AUGGCUGCCACAGAGCCUUCUUCGCCUGUAGCAGCGAGUCCAACACCAGAGGAACCAUCACCACCAGGCGCUGCACCCAGCAAAAAAGGUGCUCGUUUUUGGCUCAUCUUUGUCGCCAUUGCGCUGACUACAUUUCUUGCUGCCCUCGACACAUCCAUCAUUUCCACCGCCUUGCCCACUAUCGCGGCUGACCUUGGCUCUGAUUCUCUCUAUGUAUGGAUCAUCGACUCAUAUCUCCUGGCGUCGACAGCCACUAUCCCCAUCUUUGCCCAAGCAGCCAACAUCUAUGGCCGCCGUAGCCUCACUCUGAUCGCUGUUUGUAUCUUUACACUCGGCAGCGGUCUCUGUGGUGGCGCCCACAACACUGCAAUGAUGGUUGGUGGUCGUGCUGUUCAGGGCAUUGGCGGUGGAGGCGUUCUGACCAUGUCGGAGAUCGUUGUUUGCGAUAUGGUCUCCAUCAGAGAAAGAGGCAUGUACGCUGGUAUCAUCGGUGGUGUAUGGGCCAUCGCUGCUGUUGUCGCCCCCGUCAUGGGCGGUGCUUUUGCGCAGAACAUAUCAUGGAGAUGGAUCUUCUACAUCAACCUUCCCAUCGCUGGUGUUGCUCUCAUCGCCCUGGGUUUGUUUCUUAAGUUGACCCGACCACCAUCUGGCACUUUCAAGGAGCAGAUGGCCAGGAUCGACUGGGGUGGAAGUGUCCUCUUGAUUGGAUCCGUGACAUCCAUUGUUCUUGCUUUGAGCUGGGGUGGUUCUGAGCACGCUUGGUCGGACUGGGAGACUGUGAUUCCUCUUGUCAUAGGUCUUGUUGCCCUGCUUGCCUUUUUUGCCUACCAGGGUGCGCCUUGGUUGAAGGAACCUACCAUGCCUUUGAGACUAUUUGGCAACCGGACGUCAUCCACGCUGCUUGCUAUUAGCUUUAUACACAGCCUACUUCUGUACUGGAUCUGUUAUUUCCUCCCAGUCUAUUUCCAGGCUGUCAAAGAAGCAAGCCCUACCCGUUCGGCGGUCAUGCUAUUCCCUAUUGCCUGUACCAGUGCCCCGGGAGGUGUCGCUGCGGGCAUUACUAUUACCAAGACUGGGAAAUACCGCAUCUGGCAUUUCGCUGGGUUUGUGCUUAUGUCGAUUGCUUGUGGUUUGUUCACCCUUCUCGAUGAAAAUUCCUCCACUGGGCGAUGGGUGGGAUUCCAGAUUCUGUUUGGAUUCGGCACUGGCGUUGUUUUCACGAGUACUUUGCCUCCAAUUCUGGCCAGUCUUCCCGACUCAGAUGUGGCUACAGCGACUGGUGCAUGGACCUUUAUCCGCAACUUUGGAUCGAUCUGGGGUGUCGCAAUUCCAGCUGCUGUGUUUAACAAUCAUGUUAACCAUGCAGCAUCUGACAUUUCAGACCAAGGUGUCAGGAGCCUUCUUGUAAAUGGCGGCGCGUAUGAGCAUGCGACUCAGUAUUUUCUCAAGACACUUGGGUCUAGUCCACGACUCAAAGAUGAAGUGGUACAGGUUUACUUGAAUGGGCUAAAGGUUGUCUGGCAGGUUUCUAUCGCUUUCUGUUUGCUGGGAUUUUUACUUUGUUUCUUUGUUCGGUCACUGACACUGCGCGAUGAGCUGAACACGGAGUUUGGAUUGCAGGAGGAGAAGGGGUCUGGUCAGAUUAAGUCGAGCGAAGAAGGCGUGGUCAGAGAGUGA